GCUCAUUUCAUCAGAUAGUACUGACGUAAGUACAAAUGAAAAAUUUGCCUACUGUGCAACACAUUCUCGGACAUAAAAUGAUAUGAAAUAGUUUCUCAUUAUGUGGGUGAAGUUAAUUUUGAUAGUGUGUGGUUUUUCUGAAAUAAACUCGUUGAUAUAUCCUAUCGUUGAUCCCAAUAAGCUUUACAAAUAUUCUCCACCUGAGAACGAUGUCACAUUUCAUCUAUACCACAGGAACGACCUCUCUAUAAAUGAUCAAAUUUUCAUAGGAAAUGAGAGUUCCAUCGCUUUGUCGAGAUUUGACACGGAAUUACCAACAAAGAUAAUAGUACAUGGCUGGACGCACGGAAAAGAUAUUCCAUGGAUAGUAGAAAUGAGAGAAGUCGUUGAUUGGUCUAAUCUUUCCCAUGUUGUUUACGUAGAAGCAAGAAUCCACAAUUUUGUUGUUGGUAAACAACUUUCGAAAUUCUUGUUGUUUCUCAUGGACUACGGUAACAUAUCCAUGAUGUCAGUUCACCUCAUUGGUCACAGUAUGGGUGCACAAAUUUCAGCAGUAGCUGGUUUGCUUGUGGAAAUGUAUAGUGGAGAGAAAAUUGGAAGGAUCACAG